AUGGCCGUGCCAACAGAGGCGGUGAAAGAAAAACCGCCGCUUCAUGCGUACCCCGAGGCGAAGGUUGGGACUCAGUUUUUUUCUCAUCAUGGCAUUUAUUCCGAGCGGUAUAAUGGCGUAUGUGCUCUCACAGGCUCCAUUGUUCUUAUGGCGUCUGGAAGGUAUGUUAUGUUUGUGGAUGUGGUAAGCGGUAAAAUAAUGUCGACCCCAGGUCCUGAGAAUGGUGGUGUGGGAGCAGUUGCGGUGCAUCCUUCGCGGCGAUUUUAUGUUGUGUGUGAGAAAUUGCCGGAAGAUCCAUUGAUUCGUGUGUACACCUGGCCCUCGCGCAGGGAGGUGGGGCAGUUUGUGGGCGGCGCUACCAGAGGAUUCAGUGCAUGUUGCUUUAGCGCGGAUGGAACCAUGAUGGCAACUGUUGGAAUGUACCCUGACUAUUCCCUGGCAGUGUGGAACUGGAAAACACGGGGGAUGAUUUUGCGCAACAAGUGCUAUGGUUCUGAUGUGUACACGGUCUUGUUUAGCUCUUUUGACAGUGGUGUUCUUGUGACAGGCGGGGCAGGACACAUCAAGUUUUGGUCGAUGGCAAAGACAUUCACAGGACAGAAGCUGCAGGGAGUUUUGGGUAAAUUUGGAAGGCUGGAGAUAAGCAAUGUGCCGGGUUUUGCCGUAUUGUCGGAUGGCAAAGUGCUCUCGGGCUCCGAGAGUGGACUUAUCCUCCUGUGGGAGGGUGAUCUUGUGCGCUGUUGCUUUGUUCGGGAGAUUAAGAAGACCGCGGUGGAUGGAGCAGCUGCUCUGGCGGUACAAACAUAUGAUU